AUGGGGGCGACCCCUUUCCACCACUACAUUCUCAAGGUCCGGCUUCCGAAGCAUUUCGAUAAGCCAACGGACAUGAGAUAUGACUGCACCCAAGAUCCUCAAGAGCAUCUAAUAGCCUUUGAGGCUAGGAUGAAUCUAGAGGGCGUGGGUGAUGAAGUGAGAUGUCGCGCCUUCCCCGUGACCUUAGCAGGGCCGGCAAUCUGCUGGUUCAACGCUCUCCCCCAGGGCUCCGUGACAACUUUUACGGACAUAACACGUGCCUUCCUAGCUCAGUUUACCACGCGUAUUGCUAAAGCUAAGCACCCGAUUAACUUGCUGGGGGUGACGCAAAGAAGCGGCAGACUGACCAGGAAGUACCUGGAUAGAUUCAAUGAUGAAUGUCUGGAGAUUGACGGCCUAACCGACUUGGUGGCCAGCCUGUGCUUGACAAAUGGGUUGCUGAACGAAAAUUUUAGGAAACACCUUACCACCAAGCCCAUGUGA